UAUCCUUUACAGACAAUACUUACUUUUCAUUUCAAGAUGGCGUUGGCAGAGCGGACGCCUAGUACUGAUUUUAAACGUAAGCAGAUAAGUAUAACAGGAAUUGGCACCAAAGAUGAUAAUGAAGAAGAGUCAAUCAAACAACAAUUCAACAGACAUUUACAUUUUACUCUUGUGAAAGAUAGGUCCAGUGCUUCAAAUAUAGACUUCUUCAACGCGCUUGCGUUAACCGUGCGAGAUUAUUUAUCCGGAAGAUGGUUACGUACGUACCAGCAUUAUUAUAGAAAUGACGUGAAGAGAAUAUCCUACCUAUCGCUAGAGUUUUAUAUGGGGCGCACGUUGAAGAACACCAUGAUCAAUCUUGGUAUCAAAGACGUCUGCGAAUCCGCUAUGUCGAGCAUGGGAUUGAGCUUGAACGUUAUGGAAGAUAUGGAGGAAGAUGCAGGUCUAGGAAAUGGCGGGCUUGGGAGGCUUGCGGCUUGUUUCCUUGAUUCAAUGGCGACCCUCGGACUUGCUGCAUACGGAUAUGGAAUAAGAUACGACUAUGGUAUAUUUGCACAGAAGAUCAAAGACGGCCAGCAGUACGAGGAGCCUGACCAAUGGUUAAAGAACGGUAACCCAUGGGAAAUUGUGAGACAUGAAUACACGCAGAAGGUAAAAUUUGGUGGAAGAGUUAUCCACAAUAAAGGUGAAAGGGUACAGUGGGUGGACACACAAGAUGUGCUAGCAGUGCCAUAUGAUACCCCGGUGCCCGGGUACAAGAACAACGUUGUGAAUGUAGUACGGUUAUGGUCGGCCAGGGCUCCAAACUCUUUUAGUCUAGAGUUUUUCAACGACGGAGAAUACAUUAAGGCAGUAUUUGAUAGAAAUUUAGCUGAGAACAUCACAAGAGUUCUUUAUCCUAAUGAUAACAUGUUUGAGGGAAAAGCGCUACGACUAAAGCAGGAGUACUUUCUAGUAUCUGCCUCACUUCAAGACGCCAUCAGGCGGUACAAAUCGUCCCAGCCUGGUGUAUUUGUAUGUAAACGAAAAUCGUUUGAGGAAUUUCAUAACAAGCUAGCAUUUCAGUUAAACGACACCCAUCCUGCCCUUGCUGUGCCCGAGCUUAUGCGGCUUCUGAUGGACGAAGAAGGGCUGCAGUGGGAACAAGCCUGGAAUAUCACUUACCGCACAUGCGCAUACACAAAUCACACAGUUCUUCCGGAAGCUUUGGAAAGAUGGCCAGUAGAGCUGAUGGAAAGCUUAUUGCCUCGUCUUCUUGACAUCAUCUAUUACAUAAACCACCUCUUUCUAAUAGAAGUGAAGCAAAGGUUUCCAAAUGAUGACGAUAGAUUAAGACGAAUGUCAAUAGUAGAGGAAACGCCACAAAAGCAAGUCAACAUGGCGCAUUUAGCGAUCGUUGGUUCCCAUGCUGUGAACGGAGUCGCAAAGAUACACUCUGAGAUUCUGAAGAGGCAGGUAUUCAAAGACUUCUACGAAAUGUUUCCCGGUAGAUUCCAGAACAAGACGAAUGGAAUAACUCCACGGAGAUGGUUGUUGCUAUGCAACCCAGAGCUAGCCGAUUUAAUCACUGAGCGUAUAGGAGAUGGAUGGGUAAAACACCUUGAUCAACUUAAAAAACUGAAAGUCUACGUUGACGAUGAAGGCUUUCUACAGAAAAUAAUUUCAGUGAAAGAGAACAACAAAAGAAAACUAGCCGACUAUAUACAGAAAAAUUACGGGGUACAAGUCAACUGUAACUCAAUAUUUGACGUUCAGGUCAAAAGAAUCCAUGAAUACAAACGACAACUUUUAAACUGUCUACACGUGAUCGUGAUGCUCAACAGAAUCAAGCGUAAUCCAGGGGCUCCGUUUACACCCCGAACUGUAAUGCUCGGAGGAAAAGCUGCACCGGGCUAUCAUAUGGCUAAGAAAAUUAUCAAGUUGUUUAACAACCUUGCUAAAAAGAUUAACAAUGAUAUUGAUGUAGGGGGCAGGCUUAAACUCGUUUUCUUGGAGAACUACAGAGUGACAUUGGCAGAGAUUGUUAUCCCAGCAGCCGAUCUCAGUGAACAAAUUUCAACGGCCGGAACAGAGGCCUCUGGUACUGGGAACAUGAAAUUUAUGCUAAAUGGAGCGUUGACGAUUGGGACACUAGAUGGCGCUAACGUCGAAAUGGCAGAGGAGAUGGGCGAGGACAACAUGUUUAUCUUCGGACUCAAGCUGCACGAGGUAGAGGCAUUACGAAAGCAAGGCUACAAUCCGUCUGAUUUUAUCACAUGUAAUGAGGAACUUUCCUUAGCUCUCGAGCAACUGAAAGACGGAACAUUCUGUCCAGAAAGUCCCGGGAUGUUUCAGGAUAUCGCAAAUAACCUCAUACACCAUGAUCAUUAUUUGCUGAUGGCGGAUUUCAAAGCGUACGUUGAGAGUCAGGAUAAAGUAAAUGCAUUUUAUAAUGAUCCGUACAGAUGGGCUAGAAUGUGCCUUCUAAACAUAGCUUCAUCGGGAAAAUUUUCAGCGGACAGGACCAUAGAAGAGUAUGCACGUGAAAUUUGGAAUAUGACGCCAAAUUAUGACGUCAUCCCAGCCCCAUCAGAGCAACCGCUUGCACCGUCAAUAGGUGUUGAUAUGUAAAGAAAAGAGGACACAGUCGGCAACUAGAAAAGAAACAAAACCGACAUUUUUAAAGUUUAAUGGUUAAAUAAAGUAAAAAAAUAAAAUAAUGUAAAAGUUUUAAGAAUUUUAUUCUAGCUUAAUGAUUAAAAAAAUAUCAACAGUCUCAAAA